ACGUGGGGUGGGAAACGGUCCUAACUUGUGGUUAUAUGACGAGGGGCAGACGCGUGGGAGUUUGUAACCAGAAAUUCCCAGUUGAAAAUACAAAAAUACGUACCUUACCAAACCACAGGUACGGAGUACGUCAACAUUUUCGCUCCCUCGACUUCCGCAAGUGGAGAUCCCAAUUUCUCUCUCGGGCGAAGGACAACGCUGGCACUGUUUCCUCCGUCGCAUGAUCAACUCUCUUACUCACACAUCCUGGCGCCUUUUGCUGCAGGUCCUCUACUACACUCCACGUAACCGUGCAGCAAACUGGAAAAGCUACAUAUCGGACCACACUAGACAAUCGCGACCCUCAGGAUUACUCUUGUCGGUCCAAUCUCCGAUUGCUCAAAUUAUCACCCUUCCCCUUUGGACCACCUGCAUCACUGCGUUGGCAGGCAAUCCUGCAUUUGCUCUCCCGAUCCUCGUCGCCGAUUUUCCCUUCUUGCGCAGCCUUUCUCUAGUCUCCGGACGGCGAGUGACGCCAAUCGACGCGAAGGCCGAAUUUCCUUGCUCAAUUCCAACAAUAAUAUCUUUUUUUUUUCCUUUACCCUUUCCACACACCCACCCACACACACACACCCUUUGGCGUCUGUAGAAGCUACGUUCGGAGGGGCUCUGCUGACAGCUAAGCACA